ACAAAAAACAGCCUGCAAGAUAUUACUGUUAAACCCAAUGAUUUUUGGAACCCUAAAGAAAAAAUUUCCUCACGGAAGCUUCUCUAACCCUUGCCUCCUUUGACCAGUCGUAAACUUCAUCUCUCUCUCUCUCUAGCCAUUACAUGUCUCGAUUUCUAUAUAUCUGCUAAUCUUUUUAUGGCGGCAACCCCUACCCGUACCCGAACACCGCCAUAUCAAAACCCUAACUCCUCUCCCUUCUUCUCUUUCCAUGGCCACAGACGCAUCUCCCAAAUUCCAGAAAUCAGACCUCUUGCCGAUCCCGCAACCGCCCGAUUACCUCCCGGAAAUCACCGUAUCUCCGGCCCACGAUGGUCUCCACUUCUGGCAAUUCAUGAUCGCCGGUUCCAUCGCCGGCAUGGUCGAACACACGGCGAUGUUCCCAGUCGACACCAUCAAGACCCGCAUGCAAGCCCUAGGCUCUUGCCCUAUUAAAUCCGUUGGCAUUCGUGAAGCAGUCCAAUCGAUCUUAAAGAGCGAAGGCCCCGCCGGACUUUAUCGAGGUAUCGGUGCCAUGGCACUCGGUGCCGGACCUGCCCACGCUGUAUACUUUUCCGUUUAUGAGGUUUGUAAGAAGACAUUUUCCGGUGGGAAUCCGAAUAAUCCAGUGGCGCACGCGUUGUCGGGGGUGUUUGCCACGGUGGCGAGCGAUGCCGUGUUUACGCCCAUGGACGUGGCGAAGCAGAGGUUGCAAUUGAGUAGUAGUCCGUACAGAGGGGUGUUGGAUUGUGUGAGGAGGAUUCUAAGGGAGGAGGGAAUUAAGGGGUUUUAUGCGUCUUAUAAGACCACGGUUCUUAUGAAUGCACCGUUUACGGCGGCGCAUUUCACGACGUACGAGGCGGUCAAGAGAGGGUUGAUGGAGGUGUCGCCAGAGAGUGCCAGUGAUGAAAGGUUGGUGGUUCAUGCUACGGCUGGGGCUGCCGCUGGGGCGUUGGCUGCUGCCGUGACUACGCCACUGGAUGUGGUUAAGACUCAGUUACAGUGCCAGGGUGUAUGUGGAUGUGACAGAUACAUAACUGGUUCGAUUAGGGAUGUUCUUCGGACAAUAGUAAAGAAAGAUGGAUACAGGGGGCUUGUGAGGGGGUGGUUACCAAGGAUGCUCUUCCAUGCUCCUGCUGCUGCAAUUUGUUGGUCAACUUAUGAAGCUGGAAAAUCCUUCUUCCAAGAAAUAGAUAGUGGUAGCAACAAUAGCAAUGACACCUGAGAGACCAUGAAGAGUAAGGUCUGUUUUUGACUUGUAUUGGUUGGAUACCUCUAUCCAAAUGAGAACAGGAAGUUUGACUAGCGAGCAUGGUAAACAAGCAUCUUUUUGGCAGAUUGAUGGUCUGUGUAAUACGGGUCAGUGAGCAAACAUAUCACGCGGAUUGGAAUUUAUUUAUUUGUGUUGUACAAACUGUUGUCAGUCCUAAUAAGUUUAUUAGUAGAGAUGAUAGGAGUUCUGUCACCCAUCUCCUUUGUUGUCCUGGGUUCCCUGAUAUCCUUUCAGACUUUUCCUCCUGUUAAAGGCAUGUCGUCUAGAGGUUUCAUGAAGAUGUAGAGGUAUUUUAAACACAAAUUUUAAUCAUUUACUGAUUGCUUCAGGACUAGAUAUUGAUCAUUAUAAUUACCCACUGAGUUUAAUAUGUACUCUAAAAACGUUGCCAGAUAUAAGAUAAUCUUGUUGCU